AUGCGACUCGACGAGCGAAUUUCAAAGGCAGAAUGCGGCGAGCAAAAUGGAAAUUUCUCGGAAAACGCGUCUUGCUACGUGGCGUGUUUAGAAACGCUAGAAUUUGAGUGUUCCUGCACGUACGUUGAGCAGGGUAUGCGAAUGUUGAACAAAGAGGGCUGUUACUGGCAGCAAAAGGACGAGACGCAGCGCUGCGAGCUCACGCAAACCAGCAACUUUCUUCAAACAACUCUUGAUAUUCACUUUCAAGAGCUGCUGACAGAAUCGCAGUGUCAAGACAUGAUUCAAAACGCGCUAGUUGCGAAUUAUCUCCAGGAAACAGUUUCUAAAAGGAGAAAGAUUUCGAGUUUAAUUAAUCGCAAGAAGUAUCAUUUUUCUAUAUUUUUGAAGACAGAAAAGUUGGGCGGGAUAAAUUAUGAAGUCUCCAGCGUUGAAUGCUCCAUAUCAUCUCAAAACCGAAAACGUCGGUCCUCAACAGCCAGUUCUACCAAUUUCUCCGUCGUGGUAUCUUCUACAGUAGAAUCCAUCAACGGCACCGUUCCCUCAGAAAGCGUAUCCCCGGACGAAUUUAUCGAAAAUCUUUUUAUCGCUUUCGAGAGUACCAGUGGCGCUGAUUGCGAAAAUAUAAAUACGGAAAGUGUUCUCACGAUUGACUAUCCGGUCGAGCUUGAGAGUGUUUUUCAAAAUGCUACAGAAACCUCGACUUCGACGGAAUCGACAACUACGGGGUCUUCUUCGAAUAACGAUGAGUUUAUUAAAGAACUUGAAGCUCAGCUGCUGGAGCUGAAUUCGAAGAACGAGGAGCUAAAAGAGACGGUGAACAGCAUGGAAGUUCAAAUGGAAAUGCUGAUGGAAGAAGAUCGCCAUCUUGAAAAGUCGCUGAAAACACAAACUUUCAUGCAGAUAAGCUUGUCAAAUAGACUUAACCAUGCGCUUCACUUUGUCGAGCACGAGCGAAAGACAUCCGAGUGGCAGCUCAAAAAGAUGAUAAAUGAGCUCAGCACCAAGAUUGCCGACUUACUCUAUCAUUAA